GGAAUAAUUCACUCAGCUUCAGUUGAACAGCUAACAUGAUGGUAAAAGUGCUUUUAUUGGCCGCUUUGGCUACUGUCUUAGUGUCUGCCGAAGUAGACAUGAAAAACUUUGUUCUUUAUGGGCCUUUCGAGGUAAUAGACAUGCCGAAGCUGUGGAACAUGUAUAAGACCGUCUACAACAAGAGCUACUCUGAAGUUGAAGACCAAAAGCGUUUGCAACUUUUCGAAAAAGCCGUAAAAUCCGUUGUAAAGUUUAAUCUGAAAUCUAUUGCUAAUACGGAUUUUGAACUGGAUGGCAUUAAUUCAUUGAGUGAUAGUACUCCUGAAGAAUACCAAAACUUUUUCGAAUAUAAAACACCCGUCACUGCUGAAGAGGUUGAUACUGUGAAUUCACCAGUGUUCAGCUUAUUCUGAUUUAGUUGCAAAUAAAGCAGUAUUUUGAAAUUUU